CCAGCUUACAACAAGGCAGCCAUCAUUGCGAAACAUCAUACAAUCAGAGUCUCUAUUGACUCAAAAACUACAAAACGUACAUCAAAACAGCAGUUGAUAUGGAAUUUCAUCAACAGCAGCAACAUUUCUGAAGCAUAUCGGAAAAGAUGGAUAGGUUUUCCAGAAAUAUAUGGAAGCGACUGUCCAAAAGCGUUGAAAACAAAAGUCAAUAACAGCAUAUUUCCUUCUAAAGUGAAGCGGACUCAUCCAGUAGAUAUCAUAGCCGAUGCCUCGGACUGUAAAUCUUUCAUCGAGAAGUAUGGCUACAACAGGUAUCCGGCAGCCUCGCAGGAAGAGCUCGACUUCCCCAUUGCUUUCAUCAUCCUCUUUUAUACGGACCUUGAUCAG